AUGAUGUACCUGUUACAGGUUCUCACUUUUCACCUUCUGUUUGUUUGUGGUUGCUGGUGUCAAAAAGAUGACAAGGACUUCAUGCUACUGGCAGGACCCCUCACCUCCCAGAUAGAGAAGGACGACAACCUGAAUGUCUUUGACUGCAGUCGUCCUCUCCCAGCGGACACCAGAGACUACUUCCACCUCCUCCGGAGCAGGGGGGCGACUCACUUCAAAGUGCCCCUGUCCUGGGCUCACCUCCUGCCCUCAGGCCUCCCCAGUCAGCCUGAUGACGCUGUGGUGAGCUGCUACCGGACCCUGCUGGAGCAUCUGCUGGACUCAGGCCUCCAGCCCCUGGUGGUCUUACAUCGCUCUGCUGGGCCAGAAGCCCUCCGGCCCACCUAUGGGGGCUGGGAGCCCCUACUACCACAGGUCUUUGAGCAGUAUGCUGAGUUUGUCUUCAUGACGUUUGGUGAACUGGCUCGCUCGUGGAUAACACUGAGUCACCUGGAGGAGCUAGACGGUGAAGCGCAGGGUUCAGAUUCUCCAACUCCGUUACAGAAUGCCCUCCAUGCCCAUGCCAGCAUCUACAAUCUUUAUCAUCGUCUGUUCCCUGGUAACGGGGGACGUGUAUCGAUUGUACUGAGCACAAGCAAUCUAGCCAUUCUUUCUGAACAUAAAUCCACGCUCACGAGGUCCCUGGAUUUCCUGCCUGUUCAGAUAGAAUAUGACUGCAUGAAAUCAAACCUGGCAGAGGAGCUGAAAAGGCUACAGUGGACCAGUGGGUACAUAGGCAUUCUGAUUUAUGAAAUGAAUGUCAAGGGCUGUUCCUUGGACCAAUUAUAUUCUCUAGAAGAUUUUCUAAAAGUUCUGAGUAACCAGGACCUGCCUAUUUUGGGAUGUUACAUGGUGGACUUAUUAAGUGAGCUGGUCAAGAUGGACUCUACUAGUUUUUCAGAUGAAGUCUCAGAGAGAGACUACCAGAGCCUGAGGGAAAAGUUUAUAAACCAGGACCAACCAGAGUGGGACAGCUCCCUGAAUGAGUCGCUCCCUUCAGGUUUCAAGUGGGCUCAAAAGUUUCCAAUCACUUUACAACGGCCCUCUUUACCACCAUCUGAAGUGCCAUCCACAUCCAAGACUGUUUGGGAGAAGUUUUCUGGUCAGUCUAAUUUUGAGAGGAAACUGUAUCAUUACGGUAACUUCCCAGAGGGGUUCUACUGGGGAGUGGCGUCCUCAGCCUACCAGAUUGAAGGAGGCUGGAACGCAGAUGGGAAGGGUCCGAGUGUUUGGGACAACUUCACUCCUGGUAACAUUCCUGGGAAUGCUACUGGUGAUGUGGCCUGUGACAGCUACAACCGUUUAGAGGAGGACCUGCAAAUGCUCAGGGCUCUGGAGGUCAAGUCCUACAGAUUCUCUCUGUCCUGGUCCAGAAUCUUUCCCAAAGGUCUCCGCACUUCCCUCAACCAGAAAGGAGUUGACUAUUAUAACAAGCUCAUUGACGGCCUCCUUGCUUCUAACAUCACCCCCAUGGUAACACUCUACCACUGGGACCUUCCUCAAGUCCUGCAAACCGUUUACGGCUGGGAAGAUAUCCAGAUGAUCAACAUCUUCAAUGACUACUGUGACUUCUGCUUCUCCACCUUUGGGGACAGAGUGAAGUUUUGGAUGACCUUCAACCAGCCCUAUACUAUCGCAUGGUCAGGAUAUGGUCUUGGGCAGAUCCCACCAAAUGAAGUGAAUCCUGGAUAUGGUCCAUAUAAAAUUGCUCAUAACCUUCUGAAGGCACAUGCCAUGGUUUACCACACCUAUGAUGAAAAGUACCGUCAGUCUCAAGGAGGCUUGGUGUCCAUUGCCCUCAAUGCUGACUGGGCUGAACCCAAAGACAUCAACGUUCCUCGGGAGAUAGCUGCUGCUGAUCGAGCCCUUCAGUUCCAGCUGGGAUGGUUUGCACAUCCUAUCUUCAGGAAUGGAGACUAUCCCGAUGCAAUGAAGUGGCAGGUGGGGAAUAAGAGUGAGCUCCAGGGUCUGACAGAUUCAAGGCUUCCAACUUUCACUGAAAAAGAAAAGGCCUUCAUCCAGGGAACUGCUGAUGUCUUCUGCAUAAACGCUUACACAACAAAGAUAGUUCGUCACGUGACUGCCAGGCUCUCUCCUGAAUCCUACGACUUUGACCAGGAUUUGGGAGAGGAGGAGGACAGUGACGCCCCCACAACUGCUAUCAGUAAACAGAGGGCGGUAGCAUGGGGCUUACGAAGGCUCCUCAACUGGAUCAAGGAAGAGUAUGGAGAUCCGGAAAUUUACAUCACAGAGAAUGGAGUUGCUACAGACACCAAGACUACUGUGGAUGACAUUGCCAGAAUAUUCUACUACAAAACAUAUAUUGAUGAGGCUCUGAAAGCUCAUAACCUAGACGGUGUGAAGGUGAGAGGAUACACUGCGGCAUCUCUGAUGGAUUCCUUUGAGUGGCUCAAUGGCUACACCGUAGGCUUUGGGCUGUACCAUGUAGACUUCACCCAAUUAAGCCGUCCUAGGACUCCUAAACGCUCAGGGUUCUACUACAGUCAGGUGAUCAGGGACAAUGGCUUUCCCAUCACCGAGGAUGAGAAGCCGCUGUAUGGACACUUCAGAAAGGACUUCAUCUGGAGCACAGCCACAGCCUCCUAUCAGAUUGAGGGGGGAUGGAGAGCAGAUGGAAAGGGCCUUAGUAUUUGGGACAAGUUUGCCCACACCCCUCUCCGAGUCUUCAACGAUGACACAGGAGACAUCGCAUGUGAUAGCUACAACAAGAUAGAAGAGGAUGUUGCCAUUUUGAAGAAGCUAAAGGUGACCCACUACCGGUUCUCCAUUUCCUGGCCUAGAGUGAUGCCUCAAGGCACCAUUGCACACAUCAACGAGGCCGGCUUGAACUACUAUGACAGAUUAGUAGACGCUCUUCUGGCCGCCAACAUCCAACCCCAUAUUACUCUCUAUCACUGGGACCUUCCACAAGCACUACAAGACAUUGGCGGGUGGGAGAAUGACACCAUUGUUGACAGGUUUACUGAAUAUGCUGACUUCAUCUUUGACCGCCUAGGCCACAAAGUGAAGUUCUGGAUCACCAUCAACGAACCCUACAAUGUAGCCAAUGUUGGCCAUGGCUAUGGUGCUGCUGCCCCAGGCAUCAGCUUCAGACCGGGCACGCUGCCCUACAUUGUGGGCCACAACCUGAUCAAGGCUCAUGCCGAGGCGUGGCACCUCUACAACUCCACCUACCGAGCAAAGCAGGGCGGCAUCAUCUCCAUCACAAUCAACUCUGAUUGGUCAGAGCCUCGGAAUCCCAACAAGCAGGAGGAUGUGGAUGCAGCACGGCGGGUCGUACAGUUCUACAUAGGCUGGUUUGCUCACCCUGUAUUCAACGGAGACUAUAGUGAAACAAUGAAGACCAUCAUUCGAGAGAGAAGCCUUGCUGCUGGCUUGAAAAAGUCUCGACUUCCUGAGUUUACCCCUGAGCAGAUCAAGAGGAUAAAAGGCACCCAUGAUUACUUUGGGUUCAACCACUACACCACUGUCCUGGCCUUUCCUGUGGCCUAUGGGAAUCUGCAGCACUAUGAUGCUGAUAGGGGUGCAGGGACAAUCGCAGACCGUAGCUGGCUUGAUUCGGGUUCCUCCUGGCUAAAGGUCUCUCCUUUCGGAUUCAGAAAAAUUCUUAACUUUAUUAAAGAAGAAUAUGGAAACCCUCCCAUCAUUAUCACAGAAAACGGCAUUUCGGAACGAGGUCCUGUGAACCUCAACGACAUUCACAGAUCCCACUACCAUGACAGCUACAUCAAUCAACUCCUCAAGGCAUAUCUGCUGGAUAAAGUGGACAUUCGAGGAUACACCGCCUGGUCUUUAAUGGACAAUCUGGAGUGGGCCACCGGGUUUAGUGAGAGAUUCGGACUGUUCUAUGUGAAUCACUCUGACCCAAGUCUUCCCCGCGUAGCCAAAGGUUCUGUAGCUCGCUAUGCUGCUAUCAUCACCUGCAACGGCUUUCCUGAUCCGGCUCUGGGACCCCACGAGUGCCUGAACCCAGACCCCGAAGGUACGAUUGUACCUCCAACACUCCCUACCGCUGUGAAUGCUGUGAGUUUCCUGGGUAUGGAUCUGUCAUCUGAAGAUGCAGAAGUUGGUCUCUAUGUCAUCUUCUCUCUUCUCCUAGCGGCUGCUCUGUCAGUCUUCACCAUGGCCUACUGCUUCUUCAAGACAAAACAGAGGAACAAACGAUCCAAUGUGGAAACUAUACAGUUUGAUAAAAGGGAGAAAUUCUAAGGAGAACGGUCUUCAAAUGAGUCACCUGGACAAUAACUCAUUCUUACAAAGCCGGCAUGACAGUAAACCCAGCUAAUACUUGCAUUUGCAAGUGGUUGGACUUACUUCAUAUCAAUAGCAAUGCAUAUUUAAUAGUGGUGUGGUAAUAUAUGGAUUAUUCUAUAAUACUUUCACAUCAAGCUGGCUUGUAGCUUCCUUGCUUCAUACUUAAGCAGAUACAUGUGGGACUGUGUGGGAAUUGCUAAAUCAGAAAAGUGUUUUCUACAAGAAUCACAGUAAUUCAGUUUUUAUGUUAUUCAGUCCAGUGCAUAUGUUUGUAUGAUUUAAAGUGACACCAGAAGCAGAAUUACUCUGAUGAAACGGAUACAUUCUUUCUAUUUCAAAAUGUUUCAUUGUUCUUGUAUGUGCUUACAAAAGGUCUAAAUAAAUCACCAGUGAA